UCAAAACCGCCCAUAAAAUUCAUUAUACAAAAGGCGUGAACAAGACUGUUUAUCAUUCAUUUGGAGUCAUAUUGUCACAUGUCUAAUAUCACAACUAAUUGCUCGUAACUUUUAGCGUAAAUGCUCAUUAAAUAUGUUCAGGUCGCAAGUUUUAAAUACAUCCAAAUUAAUUACCGCUAAUUGUAGAAAAUCGCAUUUCUUGCUUCCAUGUGUUGCGAAGGUUGCUCGUAAAGCGAAUUAUAUAAAUACUGUUGUAUGCUCAAGUAGACAAAUCGAAAGUUUAAGUGGGAAACUUUUUUCGUGUGUAAAUCAGAGGAACUCAACAAUGAGUGUCGACAUCUCUUUAUACACAUUACCCAACAAUCAACCUAUUGUUGCAUUAGAAUGCGAUACUGCCUUUAAAGCUUUGACGCAGAAGGAGAAACUAUAUGCUCAUUACUUGAGUCAAGCAGCAUGGAAUGGAGGAUUGAUCGUAUUGGUACAAACAUCGCCAGAAUCACCAUUGAUAUUUGCAUUGUUACAUAAAAUAUAUCUUGCCGAAUCUGUUGAUGAAUUGAGAGCUGCCGCAACACGUGCCAAUAUUAGUGAAGAUGAAUUCACGGCUUUCUUAGUUUAUAGCUGUGGAGUAUUCUCAAAUGCAGGAAAUUACAAAGCUAUGGGUGAUACAAAAAUUAUUCCACUUUUACCCAAAAAUGCAUUUGAGACAAUAAUGAAGGCUUCAAAAGCCUAUAAGGAUAAUCCUACGGAAAUUAAAAAUCUGUGGGACAAUAUAUCGAACGCCCUAUAUUCCUUAGAUGGCAAGUUGAAAUCACUAGGAUUAGGCGACAAAGGUAUCACAACUUAUUUCUCUGCAAACUGUACCAAAGAAGAUGCGGAUAGAGUUAACGCAUUUAUGGAAUAUAAAGGACUGGAAUCCUAUAACGCAAGGUGUUUCAAGACCACGGUGCACAAUCCUGAGAAUAAUAGUAAUAUUGAUGUGUACGAAAUUAGACUGGCAUCUCUGGAGACUUCUGACGAUCCUAAAAUCACUUCCUCGGAGGAAACAUACAAAGAUGCUAAAUUUAAAAUUACAAGAGGAGAUUACAGCAAACUUAUGGUGCCAGUUGUGGAGAAUCUACAGAAAGCCAAGGAAUAUGCAUCUAACCAAACUGAAAAGGAUAUGCUAGAUAAAUACAUUGAUCAUUUUAGAACAGGAUCUUUAGACGACCACAGGAACGGUUCUCGUCUUUGGAUAAAGGACAAAGGCCCAGCUAUCGAGACUUACAUCGGCUUUAUCGAGACAUAUAGAGACCCAGCGGGUCAACGAGGUGAGUUCGAAGGCUUUGUCGCGAUGGUAAAUAGAGAAAUGUCCGAAAAAUUCGCCACGUUGGUCAACAGAGCCGAAGAAUUUAUUCCACUGCUGCCGUGGAACAAAGAUUUCGAGAAAGAUGUAUUUUUGAGACCGGAUUUUACUUCUUUGGAUGUUUUAACAUUCGCGGGCUCUGGCAUUCCAUCGGGGAUAAAUAUUCCGAAUUACGACGAGAUCAGGCAGUCCGAGGGCUUUAAAAAUGUAUCUUUGGGAAACGUUAUACCUGCGCAUAUGAAGGACAUUCACUCGAUUGCAUUUUUGUCUGAAAGCGAUCAGGCGCUUAUGAAUUCUUACAGGAUACCUAGCUUUGAGGUGCAAGUUGGUUUGCACGAGCUUCUCGGUCACGGUACCGGUAAAUUAUUUAAGCAAAUAGAUUCAGAUAGCUACAACUUUGAUCGCGACAAGGUGAAGAAUCCUCUAACCAAAGGUAGCAUAAAUAAGUUCUUUUUGAAAGGAGAAACUUACGACUCCAAAUUUGGCACCAUGGGAUCCUCAUACGAGGAGUGCAGGGCGGAAGCGGUUGGUCUUUACUUAAGCUUGAACAGAGAAGUGCUGAGUAUAUUUGCUCAUAGAGAACAGCAAGCGGAUAACAUAAUUUAUGUGAAUUGGUUGUCUCUGCUGUGGUCCGGUUUUGCGAAAGCGCUUGAAAUGUAUCAGCCGGCCACGAAGACUUGGUUGCAAGCUCACGCACAAGCGCGCUACGUUUUGCUGAGAGUAUGCCUAGAAGCAGGCGAGGACUUUGUCAAGAUUGUCGAAAUUGAAAAAGAGAAAGAUAAGGAUCUUAUAAUGCAAGUCGAUCGAGAUAAAAUCUUCACAGUUGGCAAAAGGGCUAUCGGUGAUUUCCUCUUGAAGUUGCAAGUUUACAAGAGUAUGGGAGACAUUGAAUUGGCCAAGGCAAUGUAUGAUAGAUACAGCGAAGUGUCCGACAAUGGAGAAUAUCCAUGGCUUCGCUGGAGAGACAUUGUCUUAUCACGCAAGGAGCCAAGAAAAAUCUUUGUUCAGUCAAAUACAUUCGUUGACGAUUCUAAUAAUGUGAUAUUAAAGAAUUAUGAGUCAUCGUUCACAGGACUUAUUCAAUCAUGGGUAGAGAGAUUCCCAAGUGCGGACACAUCUCAAACGUUGAUAGAGCUUUGGAACAAAGAUAAGCAUUAUUUUACCACAAACAAUUAAUCACAAGUAUUACAUUUCGAUUAUUUUCUGAAUAUAGAAUAACAAAGGUAGAGGUUUUAAGAUAUGUACGUGCAAUAGUCUAACUUUUAUAAAAGUGUAUGAUUGAUCAUAUUAUAGAUACAACUAAUCAUCUUCUGAUUUGAAAAAAUUAAUGGCUGAAUGUUUUGUCUAAUUUUAAUUUGUAUUUUUCUAAUAUGAAGUUCACAUACAAUUUAUACAAAACUAGGAUAGUUAUGUUUAACGCAAAGUGUACAGAGAGAAUACGAGAAAAUGCGUUUAAUAUUGGAAAUAUCGAGCUUGUAUGGAAUAUGAAAACAAUUGUAUGUUAUCAGAGUAUAAAACUAUUCUACAAAUAUAAGUUUAGAUAUUUGUAA